UUUGUGAAUGUCUGGAAAAAUGGGAGACGGGGUAUUGUUAAACUUUUGUAAUUGUACUACUUAUUGAAUAUUGAACAACUAAACUGACAAGGCGCCUCACAGUUUCUUCCUUAUCGCCCACAGAUGUGUUGUUUUGUUGUCAUCUGAAGCUUUUCAAUUCAAGAGCUAAGUGGUUGUGAUUUGUCUGCAGGUAAAACAACACUAUGACUGCACCAUUUGAGAGAAGAGAUGCUCCACAGCUGCCUGAUUUCAGCAUUUUGAAACAGUUAGCAAGAGAUCAAUUGAUUUAUCUUCUGGAACAGCUUCCUGGAAAGAAGGAUCUUUUCAUUGAUGCUGAUUUGAUGACUCCCUUGGAUAGGAUUGCUGGUGUCUCCAUCUUAAAGAAACAUGAAGUGGACAAACUGUACAAGCUGGAGAACAGGACAGUCAUUAGCAACAGUGGCCAACUGUGUUUUCUGAUCAGACCUCGGAUUGAUAAUGUGAAGAUUAUUGCUGAUAUGGUGAAUGCAGAUAAAGCAGCUGGCAGACAUAGAAAGUAUAAAAUCAUCUUUAGUCCUGAGAAGCUCUACUCAUGUGAAAUGGUGCUGGAAGAAGAAGGUGUGUUUGGAGAGGUGACAUGUGAUGAGUGGGCCUUCCUCUUGUUGCCAUUAGAUGAGGAUAUUAUCAGCAUGGAACUUCCAGAAUUUUUUCUAGAUUAUUUUAUGGAUGGGGACCAGCGAUGGAUUUACAGUAUUGUUACAGCAAUACAAUCAUUAUACUCUUUGUUUGGUCCCCUUGGAAGUGUUUUUGGAGUUGGCAGGUGUUCUAAGAUUGUCUUUGACACAUGGAAAGUUUUGGUGGAUGAGAAGGAGGGUUAUCGAAAAGAUAGAACGCCAGAAAUUGGGACAGUGUUCCUGAUUGACAGAGAUGUCGACUUUGUGACCCCUCUGUGUUCCCAAGUUGUGUAUGAAGGGCUUGUGGAUGACAUCUUCAGGAUUAAAUGCGGAAGCGUUGAGUUUGGUCCUGAUGUGACUUCAUCUGAUAAAAGUGUAAAGGUGCUUUUGAACUCUCAAGACAAGGUUUUUAAUGAGAUCCGAAGUGAACAUUUCUCAAAUGUGUUUGGCCACCUGAGUCAGAAAGCACGGAACUUACAGGCACAGUAUGAUAAACGCCAGGGGAUGGAUAUCAAGCAGAUGAAGACAUUUGUCUCCCAGGAACUAAAGGGGUUAAAACAGGAGCACCGCAUGCUGAGCUUACAUAUUGGGGCCUGUGAAGCUAUGAUGAAGAAGAAAACAAAGCAGGACUUCCAGGAUAUUCUAAACGUACAGCAUUCCCUUUUGGAGGGGUUUGAUAUUCGAGAGACCAUCAGCUUCAUAGAAGAGUACAUUAACAGGCAGAGUCCUGCAACAGAGAGCCUGCGACUGCUGUGCUUACUUUCUUUGACUGAAAGUGGUUUGACACCUAAAGAUUACCGGUCUCUGAAGAACCAAUAUCUACAGAGCUAUGGUCCACAGCAUCUUCUUACAUUCUGGAACCUUAAGAGGAUGGGACUACUAGUGGAACAGCAGCAGGGAGAGACCCUCACAGCUGUUGAAAGCAAAAUGGGCAAACUUGUAACAGACAAGGCAGUAGGAAAACUGACUGAUGCUUUUUCAUCAUUGGCUAAGAAGAGUCACUUUCGAGCACUUACCAGGAAACUUAGUCUGAUUCCUCGUACUGAUGUGGAGUAUGACCUGAGAAUACCACGUGAUAUGGCAUAUAUAUUUAAUGGGGCAUACAUUCCUUUGAGUUGCAAAGUUAUUGAACAGGUUUUGCAGCGGGAAGGGUGGACAGGAUUGGAGGAAGUGGCACGCCUGCUGAAUGGAAAUGAGUUUGCUGAUUCAGUUUCAGGUAGCUUGUCUGAGCUAAAGCCUACAGUGGACUCCCAGCUUCCUAUUUUGGUUGUAUUUCUUGGUGGCUGCACAUUUUCUGAGAUUGCUGGUCUUCGAUUCAUAGGAAAGGAAAAAGGGUAUAGAUUCAUCAUUCUGACCACUGCUAUCACAAAUAGUUCACGGCUGAUGGAAACUGUAUCCGAGGCAAAGGCAUGACAGUGAGUUCACCAGAGAACACUUUGCAUUCUCUUAAGAAUUUUGCUGCAUAGAAACUUAAUAUGGCAGUUGAGGGUUUAUCUUGAAGAACUUACAAAAGCUGUGAUGUCAUCGAAUCAAGAAUGCUAUGACUGAAGUAGUCUGUCAGAAGCGACAAUGGCAGAAAACACAUUUAUCAAUGCUUGUACUUCAGAAUGCAGGAGCUCAUUAUAGUAUAUGUGACAUUCUUACAAACUGCAAGAACGUACAGAGAGGAGGAAUGUGCUAUGCAUUUGAAAAUAUCAUCACUUCAGAUAUUUUGCUGGAUGUUCUGAGGCUUUGCAUCCAUCUCAGCUUUUACUGACCUGUGACUAAGUAAUAUGCUGGGUUAUACUACAUUCCAUUGUUCUUACCCACUGACGUGAAUGUCUCUGUAUAUAUUGGUCAUGAAAUAAGAUGUUGUGCACAAAUAACUUUUAAUUUAUGGUGUCCAUUCUUAGUAUUACAAUAUUCUCAGUGCAGCUCAGAUGCUGUAAUCAGCAUGUCUCAGUCGUACAUAUAGGAUAACUGUUGAAAUAAACUGAAAAAAACAUUGAUUUGGCAGUUUAACACUAAGUGUUGAGGCUAUGAGUUGUUUGUGAGCUUUGUCCUGUAGUCUUAGGUUUGAUUCUCUCUGCCCAUUUGCCUGCUUUAUGACUCCAGGCAAGUCACUUAACUAGACAGUGCUCCCAGACUGUCCCUAAAUAAGGCACUUCUUAUAAGGGUUUUCAUCUGGUUAACUAAUAAAUAAAGUUUUGUGGAUUACCUGUGCAUGACAAAUGCUUCUACAUUAUUUUUAGUGCUUAAUUUUACAUUGUGAUUUGUCUACUCAAAAGUGGCAUGAUGAGGGCAACUAUUUCAUCCAGGACCACUUUUUUUACAUGGUGUUUUUGUGUGCCAGUAUUUUGCUUUUCAUGUUUUCCUGUAUUGUCUUAUCUCGUUUGACUCAGAACUGUUGUACAUUGAUUCCAAAGUUUAAGAAGCACUUGCAACCUUUGUUUUGUUACUUACAUGCUCCAAAACAGGGUUGUGUGAUCUUUUCUUGUUUCUUUCAAUAAGAAUGUCUAAUUCCUCACCAUUUAUAAAGAAUCUUCAUACCCAUUGUGAUGCCUACCACUGCUCAACAAUUUGUAACAUCCCCACACUGGGCCAAUAAUCAAGGAGCCUGAAUCCUCAGCAUUGACACUGGAGAGUGAUGUUCACUUGGAGUACAAAUGGAUGCACUCAUUAUUUCCAGAUGUAGACCUCUCUGCAUCAAACACAAUUUCCCUUAAGAGCACACAGGGAUCACACUCAGUCUGGGGUCUGGAUCUCUCUAUCUGUCUCCCUCCAGGUCCCCAGUAAGACUCCCCACUGGUACAGCUGCAGAGUUAAGUCCUCAGCCGAGUGCCCAAGGCAAGCCCUCCACCACUCUCUCUGUGAAACCCGUGCCUUGUGUCCUUGCUCAAAUUAGCUGACUCACGCAUGCGCUUUGAGAUUUGAUUUUCACACACACGCACGCAUACGCCUGGGAAAGGCUGUUACAGAUUACCCGCUCUACCAACUUUGCCCAGACUAUAGGGUAGUUUCACUGUCACCAGUCAGUUACUGUAAGGCUCUUAAAAGAGUACCACAUUAUACUGAGUGAAGUUAAUACAAAUGGUAAUGUUGACCAAACAGCCAGGCUUUCAGGAGUGGCCAGUUAUCACCAAAUAAAUAUGUGCAAAUACUCUCAAAGCUUAAAUAUUCUCUAA